GAAAGCAAGACAAAUGCCUGGCUAUUUUGUGUUUUUCUGUUAGGAGGUCGGUUUUGAAACACCUUGGGAUCUCGAUGUUCGUCACCACCCUUAUCAGCGCGACAGAAAGACGCUUUUCCUGCAAGCUCCCUCCCCAAGCUUAGUUCUAUUGCGGCUGACAAGGCGUAAACAUGUGGCUGCUCCGCGUAGGCUUUCUCUGUGGCAUUCUGACCACCGUAUUGGCCUUUGGCGAUGAGGCCAUCUUCGAGGACGAGGAUAUAUACAAUCAGGCGCUGCCUCCAGUCCCCCACACCGGCAUCACGGUACCAGGGACCAAAUGGUGCGGGCCGGGCAACACGGCAGCCAACUAUGAGGAUCUGGGCAGGGAGCGGGAGACGGACAAGUGUUGUCGGGCGCAUGACCACUGCGAUGAAAUAAUCGAGUCGCAUGGCCAGCUCCAUGGACUACCUACUAACACAGAUUGGUUUCCCAUCCUUAAGUGCACCUGCGAGCAGGCGUUCAUCAAUUGUCUUCAAGCGGUGAACAGCAUGACCUCCAACACCCUAGGUAGGAUCUAUUACGGCAGCAGGAGGAGGUGCUUCGCCAACGGAUAUCCUACAGUGGGAUGUAAGCAGUACCAAGAGGGCACGUUUCGUAAGCGUUGCAUCCGUUACCAGGUGGACAAGAGCAAGGCCAAAGUUUGGCAGUUCUACGACAUGCCCUUCUUCACGAUGCAGGCGACCAAAGGCUGACCACCAAACAGGGAUUUGUAGACCGAAAGCAAAACAUCCUUCUUAACUUGAAUUUAGCGGGAGAUUUAUUUAAGCUCAUUUCAAAUAAAAUAGAAAUAGUUAAGCUCGUAAAA